AUGUCGAUUUACUUAACCAAAGCCUCCGAGGCAGAUUUACCAACUAUUGCCCGCAUUGCAACAUCUGCCUUUCAUCCAGAAACAGAUGCUCUCUCUCGUCGCUUAUUCCCUCGCCAUCUACAGCCAAAAGACAUACCCGACGGCGAAGCAGCCUAUGACUGGCGCUUAGCACGCAAAGCAUCCAGUCUCGCAUCGUCAGAAUCUCAUCUGGUUAUAGCAGUCGAUAAGGACAAAAACGUCGAAGAUCGCAUCGUGGGCUUUGCACUCUGGGAUGCACCUCCAGCUGAGGGGGGUGACUCGAGUCCAAGCAAGCCCGUAGAGUGUGAUGCACUUGACAAAUCAGCUUUCGAGGAAAUGAAAAAAACUGUGAAUCAGGAUGCUAUAGACACGCUUGGCGAGAAAGGAAUUGCUGGCGUCUGGCAUCUUGACUACAUCGGAGUUGGACCAGGCAACCAGAGACGGGGAAUAGGAAAGAUGUUACUGCAAUGGGGACUUGACCGUGCAUCCGAGGAAGGAAAGGACUGUUAUCUUGUAGCUACUGAAGCUGGGCGGCCAUUGUAUGUUGCCGCGGGUUUCGAGGAUAUUCGAACUGUCUUGAUCCUGGGGAUUCCACAUCACUCCAUGAUUUUAAGAGCCGGGAAGUCCUGA